AUGUUGGAUUAUUAUUUUAAGGAACUUCGCACAGGUCAUUUUGAUGGCUAUAGAAGAGAAUUCAUUCUUUGGAAUAACGAGGAAAUCACGAUAGAGAAUAAAUCUAUAUUUUGGGCACAUCUUUUUGAGAAAGGAAUCUGUUUUGUUGAAGACUUAUUAGUACCCUGGUCCCAGAGGUUUUUCUUGAUUUUUCUUCGCGAAAGAGAUCAACAGCAAGCCGCGAAGCGGCGACAACGAGUCGCGUAAGCGACGAGGAGAGAGAGAAAAACCUCUGGUUACCUUGACCUCGAAUCUCACUUCCAUGCAGACGACAGGGUCAGGAUCUGACCCUCGGGCGUUGAUUGGUUGAUAUUUUUUCAAACGCGCAAACCAAUUUGAUUGGCUCGUUUAAUUGUAACUACCGAGGGGACGCUGAGGUUUUUCACACCUCAUUUUGCCUCUCUCUACUAGGGAAGAAAAUUGUUUGUAUGCUGCACUCGCAAUAACAUUUGCACGGGACCAAGGCACGUAGAGGCACGCCAUGGAUGUUGUUGCUGAAAGAAUAUUCGAAGAAAUUUUGACCUCGGUACUUAAUGAGCGCUUUCCCGAGUCUCACUGAGCAACAAAAGAAAGCUUUGUUCGCUGCGUUGAGUCGAAAGGAUGUGUUCACCAUUUUAUCAACCGGACAUGGAAAGUAUAUUUUCUGUUACAAUACUGUCAUUCCAUUAAAUAAACUAACUUGUUUAGGGCAACAAAAUAAAAAAUCUCCGAAUACGGAAUGAAAGUUUCCUUGAAGGAAAAAAAACAUACAACUUUGUACAAGUGCGUAAUCAUUUUCGGUGCAGCUUGAUUUUCCUGCGACGCCCAAAAAAGAUCUAACCAACUUUAUUUUUGGCAUAGACCUAUUCGGCUAACUCAAUGUUGUACCCAAUUCAAAUCUCCCGGGGAUAAGAUUCUUUGUGUAUUGCACUUGCAUUAUAAUGUGGCAUUCACAUUUAAAUGAUAUGGAAAUUCCUGAAACAAAGCGUUUUAUUCCCAAAGGGUUUGAAUUGGGUAAAUUGAGUUAGCCGAAUAGGUCUAUUGGGCCAACAAAAAUCUCUGAAAGUACAUUCCGAACCUUAAGGGUUUGUUGUGCUGCAUGACUCUUCCUAGCGUCGCUGUUCCACAAAAAAAGGAAAUGGAGCAACCAAACCAAAAUGCGAGCCAGAUUGCCAGAAUACAUAUUAAUAUUACUAUUUUCAGGGGAAUGCCCGCGAAUCGACGCGAACGGCGCGCCCCGCAGAAGUAAACAAUGUAAUAAGCGCGAUUGAUAGACUCUUGCAAACUUUACAACUUCCCGCUGGCACACUGCCGACAGAACAGAUGACAAUGUUUGUGAAAAAUCCUUGUUAUUAUACCCAAAUAAAUUCUGCAAAUCCUGCAGCAUUCGUUUGGAACAAUGUCGGUUUCUUUAUAAAGUGGUCUUCUUAUUCCUGGACUCUUGUCGCCCAUUGUUAACACAUGCUUUAGCUUGACCCCGAUUAACAAAUCACUCUUUACCACCCAAGUGAAGAUGGUUUGUUCAUAACAUAAUUUCCCCAGGUCUACCCCCACUUAAAAAAAUAGCGGCUGAUAAGCACGUGUUUGCUAAGUUGCCAUUGGUCACUCUUUUUAUUAGCAAUUUGACGCGUUUGACAGCUGUCGUCUGCAUGAAAGUGAGAUUCGAGGCCAAGGUAACCAGAGGUUUUUCUGUCUCUCCUCGUCGCUUUCGCGACUCGUUGUCGCCGCUUCGCGGUUUGCUCUUGAUCUCUUUCGCGAAGAAAAAUCAAGAAAAACCUCUGGGACCAGGGUAACUUAUUAGACGAAAACGGAAACUUCUUGUCCCUUGAUGAUUUACAAGUUAAAUAUAACAUUCAUCUGAAUUUUCUUCAAUAUUUUCAACUUAUUGCUGCGAUUCCAAGUUGCUUGAAGAAAACAGCCCAAGAAAUUGCCACAACGAAAAGAGUCCUACUUAAGGAACAAGAGGUUUUUUUACCCUUCUGA